AUGUGCAAAUUCUUCUUCGAGGUGACCAUGUGUCCCUGCGGAGAGGCGGCCCGAUGCCUGGGCGCGCGGCUGACGGAGCAGGUCGCCAUUGGCGGCACCCUCUUCCACAUCCUCAGCGACCCGGUCCACCGGAGCGAGCUCUGUCUGCGACGGCGACUCCGGGAGCGCGGCUCGUUGCCCUCGCGCGACUGCUUCCAGACGGCGGCGGCGUCGCGCGCCGGGCGCGUCGGCGACCAGAUCAGCUACAUCUUUACCGAACGGCCGUGCAGCCACUGCAGCAUGUGCAGCAACUACCUAUGA